AUGAAAGGCAAUAGCAAAGGCAAGAACAAGGAUCUAUCCAAUGAGGACGAUGCAUACAAUGCCAUCUUUGCCGGUGACUUUGGUUCUAUGGAAAUUGGAAGCUAUAUAGGCAAAGAUGAUGAAGGCGCAACAGAGCAUUUGCCAGAUGCUGUAGAUUUUGAGGAUGAAGAUGAACUAGCGGAUGAAGAAUUACCAGAAGAAGAAGAUGUGGUAGGCGAAUUUGGUGUUACAAGUCACAAUAAUAAAGAUGACGGUUAUAUAUCGGGUUAUGAUGGAGGUGAACAGGAUCUCUUCGAAGUUGGUCCCAGCGCAAACGGAGAUGCAGACGUCAGGAAUCACUUCAUGAGCACAAUACCGAAUGAAAAUUCUUCCAUGGUGGGUAGCGACCUAUCUAAUGAGGAAUAUCAAGGACAGAAUGCUUUAUUUAUGGGUAUCGAACAGAAUAAUGACUCAAUGUACAUGGACAAUACCCAUGCUUUCCCAGCGCCAGAUAGCGGAAAUGCAGAAAGAGUACAGCAACGUCAACAACAAAGGCUAGCUGAAUUAGUCAAGAAGGAACAGAAGACUAUACUGGAAAAGAAGCUCCUAAAGAAAUAUUUCCCUACAUUUAGCAAAGGAAAAAUUUUAAAGUGGAAUAAACUCAUUUAUAGGAAGACAAUGGACUACAACUGGUACUAUAAAAUUCUUGCUCAGGAGGAUCUUUUGAAACCGUUAUUUCCACUAAAACUAAAAUUACAUGUACAGCCAGAUCAGCGGAAGUUAUUUGAACUGCCAGAAAACAGGUGGAAUAUGAUGUCCAAGGCAAAAUCUAAAGAAGGCCAACGAAAGGGCAUAGUUUCUGUAGAAAUUGAAGAUGCUGACUUGGAUAACCUGCGAGAAAAGAAUGUACAAGCGAAAGAUAAUGGUAUCUCAGAUGAACUAAUUAUUGCGACCACUGAUUGGAAUGAAGACCAAAUUAUUAAUGGCCAUCUGAAUGAUGAAUCUAAAUCAAGAAUGAGUUUUGAAACCAAAUCAUACGAUACUCCUUCAGAUUGGAAUUGGAAUGAAGAUGAUUUAGUCAAUGGUAAACUGAAACAAGCAAACAUGGCUGAAUUGAGCAUGAAUGAUCCAAACCUGUUACUUAUUGAAGAUAAAAAAAGAAUUACUAAUAUUAACCAGGAGAACAAGGAGAAACAAACUUACGACAUCCAGGCCAUCAUGAAAAGAUUUAACAUAUCCAACGAUGAUAAGUACAAUAUACUGAGACAAGCACAUCAAACCAAGAUUCGUGCCAUUAUUUCAAAUCUUAAUAUUGAGCACUCCAAACCAGCUGCACGUUUACAAUCUCCAUUUUACAAAGUUACUGCUCCAAAAAGCCAAUUAAGACAUUUCCAUCGCCCUAAUUUCAAUAGCACAAUUAGAGCUGGUACAAAUAUAGUAUUCAGUAAAUUAAAGCUCCGUAAAAGAAAACGUGAUAAGGGAAAAGAUAUAAAGGAAUCUUUUGCCACUACUCCUGAUUUGACAGUAGGUGAUACGGCACCUAUAUACUUAAUGGAGUUCUCAGAAGAAAAUCCUUUGGCACUAUCCAAAUUCGGUAUGGGAAACAAGUUAAUUAACUACUAUAGAAAAAUUUCUGAAGAAGAUACUUUGAGACCAAAAUUACCUGUUGGUGAAACACAUGUGCUUGGUGUACAGGACAAAUCUCCAUUUUGGAACUUUGGCUUGGUAGAGCCCGGUCAUAUCGUGCCGACCCUGUAUAAUAACAUGUUAAGAGCACCAGUAUUCAAACAUGAGGUGUCGGGGACUGAUUUCCUACUUGUGAGAAGCACGGGUAACGGCAUCAGUAAUAGAUUUUACUUGAGAAAUAUUAAUCAUUUAUUUACUGUCGGUCAGACAUUUCCGGUGGAUGAAAUUCCUGGUCCGAACUCUAGAAGAGUUACUUCAAUGAAAGCUAUUAGAUUAAGAAUGAUUGUUUACAGACUGUUGAACAAGGCUUCAACUAGAUCUAUAUCCAUUGAUCCCAUUGCUGUGCACUUCCCGGAAGCUGAGUAUGGCCAAAAUAGACAAAAAAUCAAAGAGUUUAUGAAAUAUCAAAGAGAAGGUCCAGAUAAAGGUUUAUGGAGGUUAAAAGAAGGUGAACCACUUUUGGAUGGUGAAAAUAUCAAAAAAUUACUAACGCCUGAACAAGUUGCUGAAGUUGAAGUUAUGGGCCAUGGUAUUCAGAAUCAAGACGACAAUGAAGUAUUUAAUUUUGACAAUGACCUAGUGAAGCUAGAAGAGAGCUUAACACCCUGGAAUAUAAGCAAGAAUUUUAUCAAUGCCACACAAAUGAGGGCGAUGGUACAAAUUCAUGGGGCGGGUGACCCAACUGGCUGCGGAGAAGGAUUUUCAUUCUUAAAAACCUCAAUGAAAGGAGGGUUUUUGAAAUCUACAACUUCCUUAGCAAACCUAGCAGCGUCUUCGCCAGCUCCUGCAACAAAAAAAGGCUCUUCCUCAAGUGGAUACUCAUACAACGUUGCUCAACAGCAGAAAGUAUACGAGGAUGAGAUCACAAGAACCUGGUAUACACACACAAAAAGCUUAAGUAUCUCUAAUCCCUUUGAAGAGAUUAACGACCCUGAUGAAGUUAAUGAAACUAACAGAUAUAUCAGAAACAAGAGAAAAGAUGGGCGUGUUCUUCGCAUUGUACGUAAAAAAAGGGAUGAAAACGGGAUAAUACAAAGGCAAACGGUGAUAAUAAAGGAUCCCAGAAUCAUUCAGGGAUAUUUGAAGCGGAAGGAGAAACAACGUAAGGAUAAUCUAAAUGUUGAUAAAUUACUUGAAGAAACGGAUACCGAUAUCCAUAACAUUGAGGAUAUAGAGAUGCAAAAGAAGAUACUUGAAACUGAACUUGCCAAUCUAGAGAAAUCGCAGCAACGAAGAGCUCGCCUGAAUCUAAAGAAAAGUGAAGGUAAAGUUGGUAAAGGUGCAAAGAACACUUCUAGACGUUGUGCUACUUGUGGCCAAGUAGGCCACAUCAGAACAAACAAAUCCUGCCCAAUGUAUUACAGUGAUAACGGACCGGGAGGCAGAAAUGCACCAGGUGAUACUCCUUCGGCAGCAACUCCAGAUGUGACAGCUACACCACCAGCAAAUAUAUAG